CGUAGGCGUGGGCAGGAGAUCCGAGGUCCAGUAAAGUGCACCCAGGACUUUUCCUCCCGUCUCGUACUCUCGUUUACUUGACUUGGGAGAAGCUCUCUCUCUCCGGUCUCCUCUCUUCCCAGAAUCUUCGGUCCUUCUAUUUUCGGAGCACGGUGUCCAUACAAUAGAUGUAACAGCGCUUUUCGAUGGAAAUGGUUUUGGUAGCUGAACCCUAAUUCUUCCUCACGGUGUUACUUUUGUUGAACAUACAUAGUGCGUUGCCGAAUCGACGGAUCGCAUUCUCUGAGGAUGUUUUGUAGUUGAGCGGAUAUCUUAUUUGAAUAUUCUGGUUUUCGUGAUACUAGGAGGUUAGAUUAAGCGGAAUUGGGGGUUCUGGGGUGGAGGCCGGAGGAUAACUCUUGAGCCUCAGAGACUCUGAGAAAUGGAGAAUUCAAGGGUUUCGAGAGAUAAUUUUGGUGUAGAAAGUGGUUCUAGAUUUUCUUAUCAUAGAAGCAAGUCGUUAGGUUUCCAGACUACCCAAGGGACGGCUCAACAGUUAUGGAACGGAGAAUUUGGAUUUAGUGGGAACGACCGGAGGUUUGCUUUUUCGCGCCAAUCUUCCUUCCAUCAAUCGGCUGAACCUCAUACACCAAUUUCAAUAAUUUCGAAUGAUUCCAUUCGGCCUCUGCUUUCUCGGAGCGAUUCCAGCAUCAAUAUUCCGCAGGGCAGUUAUCCGCAACUAGAAAACGAGAAUAUCUGGAAGGGAACCGAAAAGUCUUAUUUCAGAGAGGCAGAUGGUUCAUCCGAGAAUUUUUCUUUUCUGUUAUUUGUAUUUUCUGCUUUUCAGAUUAUUAGAUCAGGUAGCCGGCCUAUGAAGCGGCUUUUGAUGAUGAUCUGGCUUAAUGUAGCUUAUUCUACGGCAGAGCUAUGUAUAGGUCUCUUCACUGGGCGUGUAGGUCUGGUCUCUGAUGCAUUCCAUCUGACCUUUGGUUGUGGUCUAUUAACAUUUUCAUUGUUUGCAAUGGCUGCUUCCCGAAAGAAGCCUGAUGGAGUCUACACUUACGGGUACAAAAGGCUAGAGGUUUUAUCUGCAUUUACUAAUGCUCUGUUCCUUUUGUUCUUGUCAUUCUCAUUAGCUGUGGAAGCACUUCAUGCAUUCAUACAAGAUGAAUCUGAGCACAAGCAUUAUUUAAUUGUAUCUGCGGUGACAAAUUUAUUAGUGAAUCUUCUCGGGGUUUGGUUCUUCAGGAAUUAUGCUCGUAUUAAUCUUGUCUACCGGAAUGCUGAAGAUAUGAACUAUCAUUCUGUCUGUUUACAUGUUCUUGCAGAUUCUAUUCGUAGUGCAGGUUUAAUCCUAGCAUCCUGGUUUCUAACCCUUGGGGUCAAGAAUGCUGAGGUAUUGUGCCUGGGACUGGUUUCAGUAACAGUGUUUAUGCUUGUCAUACCUCUGUUUAGGACAACUGGUGGCAUAUUGCUUCAGAUGGCACCACCUAACAUACCCUCUUCAGCUUUAAGCAAAUGCCACAGACAAAUUACUGCUCUUGAGGGUGUAAAUGAAGUUUCUGAGGCUCGCUUUUGGGAAUUGGUACCUGGCCAUGUUGUUGGGUCACUCUCAUUACAGGUGAAGAAGGGAGAAGAUGAUCAUCCCAUACUCGUGUACGUUUAUGGUUUGUAUCAUGAUUUGGGGGUGCAGGACCUUACAGUUCAAACCGACUAUUGGUGAGAUUCUUCUUUCCCCAUCUUUCUGGUGGCAAGAACGUCGUACAUUUCAAAAAUCCAAUCCAGUUUUACAGUCAGAAUGUCAACAUAAGCAAUGUAUCAGUCAGUAGUAUCACUAGUCAAAGUGCAAAGAAGAUAUUGCAUUAAAAAAUAACACUAUGGGCAAUAUAUAUAUAUAUAUUAUAUUAUAUGCUUUUUAAUAUGCGAUGCGUACUGUGUAUCAGGUUGUGUCAUUUAUCUUCUUUAGGUUCGACUAUAUUACUGGAAAGACUUGAUACCGGUAAAACUUGUAUGGGGAUUUUAUUUGUUCAAAACACUUCUGGUAUCAUGUAUUUCCAAUUGCAUAGAGCUUCCCUUUUAUCA